AUGCACAUUCCAUUUGUACAUGAAGAUGAUGCAGAUCUGAAAUUGCUCAGAAAUAAUUUUGACUUGAAAAGCAUUGUCAGUGAAGCGGGAGCAUCUAUCUACAGUGUUAGUCCAGAAGCUUCUAAAGAGAUGCCAGACCUAGAUCCUAACCUAAGAAGUGCAGUUUCCAUAGCUAGACGUGUACAAGACCCAUUAGCUGAGCUUGUGAAAAUUGAACCCAAGCACAUUGGAGUUGGAAUGUAUCAGCAUGAUGUCUCACAGACUUUGCUCAAAGCAACUCUGGACAGUGUGGUUGAGGAGUGUGUCAGCUUUGUAGGAGUAGAUAUUAACAUCUGCUCAGAAAUACUAUUAAGACAUAUUGCAGGACUGAAUGCUAAUAGGGCUAAAAAUAUAAUUGAAUGGCGAGAAAAGAAUGGACCAUUUAUAAGUCGGGAACAGCUCAAGGAAGUUAAAGGACUGGGUCCAAAAUCCUUUCAACAGUGUGCUGGCUUCAUCAGGUUUAACCAAGAAUAUAUAAGAACCUUUUGCAGCAAUCAGCAAACUAAGCUUGCAGCAGAAGGUCAUGCACUUAUGGCUAAAGCAGAUGUUCAAGUCACAAGCGAAAAAGGGGGCAAAAAGAAGAGCAAACCAGCAGCAAACGUUGCAGUACGGCCAAAUCCUUUGGACCAAACUUGUAUCCACCCAGAGUCAUAUGACAUUGCAAAGAGGUUUUUAACUUUAAUUGGAGGAAACCCAGAUGAUAUAGGAAAACCUGAUAUGCAACAAAAAGUAAAUGCUGUAAUUCAAAAAGAAGGAAUAGAAGGAGCAGCAAAAGCACUAAAUACAACAGUACAUACACUGCAAAUAAUCAUUGAUGGUCUGACUCAACCUGAAGGCUUUGACAUCCGAACAGAUUUUGAUAAACCUGAUUUCAAGAGAAGCAUAGUUUGUCUUGAAGACUUGAGCAUUGGCACAGUUCUGACUGGAAAAGUAGAGAAUGCUACUCUCUUUGGAGUUUUUGUUGAUAUUGGUGUUGGUAAGUCAGGAUUGAUUCCAAUUAGGAACAUAACAGAAACAAAACUUUCUAAAGCCAAGAAGAGAAGAAGUCUCGGAUUGGGCCCUGGAGAAAGAGUGGAAGUUAAAGUACUCAAUAUUGAUAUCCCUCGAUCAAGGAUAACGUUGGACCUUCUUCGUGUUUUAUGAGUUUUUCACCACUAAGACUUUUAUUUCUUUUUAAAAGGUUAAAUGUUGUCACCAAGAUUCUAAAAGUUUCAAGUUCAAGUAUUUACUGAGUAUACUGGAAAUGAAGGAAUUAAUCCAACUUUUGAAAUCUUUAAUUUCACUUUUUAAUUCCAGAAGCUUUUCCAGAACUCUGUAAGCUCCCUCCCCUUAACAGUCACUUUAAUACCAGUCCUGAAGUGGCUUUCACCCUCUUAUUAGGGCACACACCUUUUUGCAGAAUAAGUGAUAUCUCCGUGCGCUGGCAGACAGAUCUCUUACCUGUUUUCUUCUGUGCAAGAUUUGCUCUCUCAAUCCACCUUUGGUCUGUGCUCCUCCAGCAGACUCAGCCAUGUUCUUUCAUACUGAAAAACACCUCUCGAUUGGUCUGUUACCAUGCUGUUUUCUUAAGGAGGGCUUAAAAGUGGACCUUGGUAGAAGCUAAAAUAGAAGCUUAAAAAUGCCCUCUGCUUAGACCAAGGAAGAGCAGCAACACAUAAUACUAAAAUCUGGAUAUAAUGGUAAUAGUAUUAUUGGAUCAGUAAUUUGCUGUUUUUAUUUAAGCUACCAUGUAAAGAUUUUUGUUUUUUUAUUGCUCGGGCAAGUAUCGUAUUAACACGGUGAGGUACCUCUAAUUUGUUCAGAAAGUUGCAAAAGCAUUUUUUCUGUACCUGUACAUAAUAAAAAUCUUUCUGACCUAUU